AUGGCUUCAAGCGAAACCCAGAACAAGAGCACUUAUGCCGUUGAGAUGGUCAAACGAUUUUCCAAGCACGCUGAUGGCAAAACCUUUCUCAUUACCGGUCCCAGUGAAGAAGGGAUCGGAGCAGAAAUUGCCCUCUCCAUUGCAUCAUCUUCAAACCCUUCAAUGAUAAUUCUUGCUAGUCGCCAAAAAACAAAAAUUCUCUCCGUCAUGUUCCUCAUUCGACGCAUGAACCCCAAUAUUAAUGUUGUCUGGAUCCCAUUAAACUUACUUGAUAAUGAAUCUAUCCGCGCAGCAGCAGAUGCUAUCCAGAAACUGGAGAUUGAGAGAAUACAUGUUGUCAUCAAUAAUGCUGGAGUUAUGGGCGUACGAAAUUAUACAACCUCCAAACAGGGUGUUGAGGGCCAAUUUGCUGCAAAUUACUUGGGUCAUUUCCUAUUGACCAACUUGUUGAUGGAUCAGAUUAUCGCGGCGAAAGAAGAAGAUGCAGUAAUUGUUAAUGUGGGGAGUUUGGGGUAUGAGCUGGGCGAGGGAGAGCGAACUUACAAUGCUUGGAAGGCAUUUGGACAGUCGAAGACUGCGAUGCUUCUCUGGAACAUCGCUCUAGGAAAAAGACUGGCCAAUAAAGGUGUCUCAACAUUAGUCGUGCACCCGGGAAUCACUUUCGAAACAAAAAUUCUCGAAAACUCUAGCAUUGAUGAAGAACUACUUGCAGAGGCAUGCAAGCUCGCCACAAAGAGGGAUGAGGGCAAUCUUUUCCACCCUCAGAAAAUGGCAACAAGACAAGAAGCAGCUGGGGCAGUCGUUCGUGCCGCACUGGAUCCUGCAUUUAAAGCAUUAUCUCCGGCAUUUAUUGUUGACGAAAAAGUAUAUUCAGAGACUAGGAGCUACGCAACUAGCGAACAAGAUGCCGAAAGACUAUGGAAACUGAGCGAACAACUUGUCGGAGAAAAAUUCGAUAUCUAG